AUGCCCAUAGACUAUAAUGUAAGGCAACACAUAAACUAAUUCGCAGGUACAUCUGUGUUGUGUAGCAAAUUCAUCUUUUCCACAGGUGUUCCCCAAGUACAGCAGUAGAUUGUAAAAGUAAAAAUAACUGAGAUUAUAGCUCUUUUCUAUGGAAUGAAAGGUAAAUGAUACAAUGGAAUGCCCAUAGAGUAUAAUAGGAAGCAAUAUGUGGAAUCUGAACCAUGAAACAUAUCAAGUAAAUCUUUUGCAGGCAUACUCUCCAGGUUCAGUGUAAAUUUUUGAAAUUGCCCGAGACCCAUGUGUAGCGACGGAACUGCCGCCAGUGCAGUUGCACUUGGGCCCGCACGCUAAUGGGGCCCAUCGGGUGGCCCACACACUUAGGGCCACCCGAUGGGCCCUAUAUCUUCAGGGGCACUGUCAGCGCUGUGACCAUGUUAUAGCGCAACAGGGCCCCUUGUAUAAAAAAAUGCAGCCGUAACGCAAGUGCUGCUCGGAGGAAGUGACGGCUGGUCACUUCCUCCCAGCUCACUAUGCGCAGGAGGAGAGCCAGCGUGGAGGCCUUGAAGAGGGAGAGCCAUGCUGACUCCCAUCAGCCCCAGUCACCCUCCUGCAAAGAAACAGUAAGAAACAGGAGGGUGGCUGACAAAUGAGCUGUCUGUGUCAGUGUGUAUGUCUGUCAGUAUGUAUAUAUGUAUGUCUGUCAGUAUGUGUAUAUAUGUAGGUCUGUCAGUAUGUAUAUAUGUAUGUAUGCAUGAGUAUGAAUGUAUGUCUGUAUGAAUGUAUGUCUGUGUGUAUGUAUGGAUGUCAGUGUCUGUAUGCAUGCAUGUCAGUAUGUAUAUAUGUAUGUAUACCAGUACCAAUGUAUGUCUGUAUGUCAAUAUGAAUGUAUGUCUGUGUGUAUGUAUGUAUGUGUGUGUGUAUGGAUAUCAGUGUCUGUAUGCAUGUAUAUAUGUCUGUCAGUAUGUAUGUAUGCCAGUGUCAAUGUAUGCCAGUAUGAAUGUAUGUCUGUGUGUAUGUAUGUCAGUGUCUGUAUGUCCUUAUGCGUGUGUGUGUCUAAAUAUAGGGCUUAGAAGAGCGACCUCAAGACAUGUCUCCAAGCCUUCUGGGUAUGAGAGCCAGGAAUCUUACUUCCCAAUUCUCAUACUGUAACAUACCUUGACGUUACGCAUGCAUGCACAGUGCUGUCAUGGUCGGCAAUAGAGAAUCAUUGCAUGUGCCUCAGGCACACAAUACUCCUCUCUGAUGUGCAUUGGAUAGACCCAUCAUCCGGGUGGCGCUAAAGCAGGAGGGGGCAUCAAGUCUGGAAGAUUGAGUGUGGCAAGCCUAGCCACUUGGACAAUAUAAAGAGACUGUACCUUUAAGGGUUGCCUGUAUGGUUGUGGGGUAUGUGUGUGCAUAAGUAUAAUGUAUGCUGGCUGUAAUACCUUGUAUUUCCUGUAUUGGCUAUCUGCCGAACGCAGAUAGCUGUAUUCCAUUUUGUUUCACGAACGGCACCUUUGCGGGCCGUUCGUGAACCGAAAUAACCACCAUGUAAUAGCCCACACACUUAGAGGUGCUGAACUUCCAGGCCGUUCGGUAUUAUAUUCCCUAUACUUCAAUCGGUCUUUUGAAUGUGUGUUUUAAUGAAUAUGUUUUUCGUGCGGCGUUCGGUUGUUUUAGCUGGGAUCUGAGCGGUAAUCUCACGAAUGAUGCGCUCAGACCCCAGCUAUCUACCGAACGUCCAUUCGUGCAAAUAGUCCAAAUAGUCGAAGAACUGUACAUUUUAAAGUAAUUGCCGGUUCUGCUGCACGGAGGGAUAAUCCACUUAACGGUAUAUUCCAGUGGGAGGAUCCCUCUCGUGCAGCAGUGCGGAUCGGCAAUAUUAAAUCCCACGAAUUCCGCUGGUACAGAAAGUAAUCCACAGUCAAGCGCUGAAAAGUAAGGCAAUAUCCCAAAUCCCCCAGUAACCGGACGAAACACAGUUCUGGGAGUCAACUGAGGUCUUAAAUCACAUGCUCCAGUAUUUAUACAAUUCCCCAUGCAAGGGGUUUCCUGAGUCACAUCACAGGGGCAUUACAGGAGUGGACUACAUGGGAAACUUAAUGUACAGGGCAUUUCUCCCAUCAGGCACUGCUGCACGAGAGGGACACUUUGCCGACCAUGACAGCACUGUGCAUGCAUGCGUAACGUCAAGGUAUGUUACAGUAUGAGAAUUGGGAAGUAAGAUUCCUGGCUCUCAUACCCAGAAGGCUUGGAGACAUGUCUUGAGGUCGCUCUUCUAAGCCCUAUAUUUAGACACACACACGCAUAAGGACAUACAGACACUGACAUACAUACACACAGACAUACAUUCAUACUGGCAUACAUUGACACUGGCAUACAUACAUACUGACAGACAUAUAUACAUGCAUACAGACACUGAUAUCCAUACACACACACAUACAUACAUACACACAGACAUACAUUCAUAUUGACAUACAGACAUACAUUGGUACUGGUAUACAUACAUAUAUACAUACUGACAUGCAUGCAUACAGACACUGACAUCCAUACAUACACACAGACAUACAUUCAUACAGACAUACAUUCAUACUCAUGCAUACAUACAUAUAUACAUACUGACAGACCUACAUAUAUACACAUACUGACAGACAUACAUAUAUACAUACUGACAGACAUACACACUGACACAGACAGCUCAUUUGUCAGCCACCCUCCUGUUUCUUACUGUUUCUUUGCAGGAGGGUGACUGGGGCUGAUGGGAGUCAGCAUGGCUCUCCCUCUUCAAGGCCUCCACGCUGGCUCUCCUCCUGCGCAUAGUGAGCUGGGAGGAAGUGACCAGCCGUCACUUCCUCCGAGCAGCACUUGCGUUACGGCUGCAUUUUUUUUAUACAAGGGGCCCUGUUGCGCUAUAACAUGGUCACAGCGCUGACAGUGCCCCUGAAGAUAUAGGGCCCAUCGGGUGGCCCUAAGUGUGUGGGCCACCCGAUGGGCCCCAUUAGCGUGCGGGCCCAAGUGCAACUGCACUGGCGGCAGUUCCGUCGCUACACAUGGGUCUCGGGCAAUUUCAAAAAUUUACACUGAACCUGGAGAGUAUGCCUGCAAAAGAUUUACUUGAUAUGUUUCAUGGUUCAGAUUCCACAUAUUGCUUCCUAUUAUACUCUAUGGACAUUCCAUUGUAUCAUUUACCUUUCAUUCCAUAGAAAAGAGCUAUAAUCUCAGUUAUUUUUACUUUUACAAUCUACUGCUGUACUUGGGGAACACCUGUGGAAAAGAUGAAUUUGCUACACAACACAGAUGUACCUGCGAAUUAGUUUAUGUGUUGCCUCCCAUUAUAGUCUAUGGGCAUUCUCUUUAGUCAUUCACCAUUGUCAUUCUAUAGAAAACAAUGAUAAUCCCACUUAAUCUCAAUUUUAAAAAAUUGCCACUGAACUCGCAGAGUAUGCCUGCAAAAGCUUUACUUGAUAUGUUUCACGGUUCAGAUUCCAAGUCACAUAUUACUUCCAUUAUACUCUAUGGGCAUUCCAUUGCAUCAUUUACAUGACAUUCCAUAGAAAAGAGCUAUAAUCCCAGUUACUUUUAAUUUUACAAUCUACUGCUGUACUUGGGGAACACCUGUGGAAAAGAUGAAUUUGCUACAUAACACAGAUUUACCUGCAAAUGAGUUUAUGUGUUGCCUCCCAUUAUAGUCUAUGGGCAUUCUCUUUAGUCAUUCACCAUUGUCAUUCUAUAGAAAACAAUGAUAAUCCCACUUAAUCUCAAUUUCAAAAAAUUGCCACUGAACUCGUAGAGUAUGCCUGCAAAAGCUUUACUUGAUAUGUUUCACGGUUCAGAUUCCAAGUCACAUAUUACUUGCCAUUAUACUCUAUGGGCAUUCCAUUGCAUCAUUUACCUGUCAUUCCAUAGAAAAGAGCUAUAAUCCCAGUUACUUUUAAUUUUAGAAUCUACUGCUGUACUUGGGGAACACCUGUGGUAAAGAUAAAUUUGCUACAUAACAGAGAUUUACCUGCAAAUGAGUUUAUGUGUUGCCUCCCAUUAUAGUCUAUGGGCAUUCUCUUUAGUCAUUCACCAUUGUCAUUCUAUAGAAAACAAUGAUAAUCCCACUUAAACUCAAUUUCAAAAAUUGCCACUGAACUCGUAGAGUAUGCCUGCAAAAUAUUUACUUGAUAUGUUUCAUGGUUCAGAUUCCAAGUCACAUAUUGCUUCCCAUUAUACCCUAUGGGCAUUCCAUUGUAUCAUUUACCUGUCAUUCCAUAGAAAAGAGCUAUAAUCCCAGUUAUUUUUAAUUUUACAAUCUACUGCUGUACUUGGGGAACACCUGUGGUAAAGAUGAAUUUGCUACACAACACAGAUUUACCUGCAAAUUAGUUUAUGUGUUGCCUCCCAUUAUAGUCUAUGGGCAUUCUCUUUAGUCAUUCACCAUUGUUAUUCUAUAGAAAACAAUGAUAAUCCCACUUAAUUUCAAUUUCAAAAAUUGACACUGAAUCUGGAGAGUAUUGUGGCAAAAUAUGGAUUUCAUAUGUGUAAUAGUUUUGUCUCUAAUUGAAAUAUUUUGUUUCCAUUAUUCUCUAUGGGCAUUCCUUUCACUUCCAUUAUUCUCUAUGGGCAUUCCACUGCCUUGUUAAAGUCUAUGGGCAUUCCAAUCUGUCAUUCCUUUUAGUAUGUCCCCAUGAAAUCAAAAUGGUUUAAUUUUUCAAUUAGAUCUAACUUACUUGAAAAGUGUUUAUCUCCAGUGGGCAGGAGGCCAGCUUCUACACUCCUGCAUGAAUUUGUGGCAAAUGUCCAGGGCAAGGAGCGUUUGUCACACUCCCCUCCUACAGCCCAGGAGAUGUGAACUGCAACAACUGCCAACCCACUCUCUUAACCUGUGGCACAUUGGAGAUGAGAUAGGACUACUGCACUGUAGAUUUGGGAAAAGCAGGUGUAACUGCCUACCUGGUCUGUUUAAUCCACAUACUCUAUGGUAAAGCAGAAUAAGAGGAUCCAUAUUGUUAGACCCUGACUUGUUUCACGCCCGGUUUGGUUUGUUUUAUUUAACUACUUGCAUAAGGCAAACAGAAAUCUUGGAAUGUGUCACUUUGUAAAUAUUGGUUAACAUUUUUUUUUCUAGUUUACCUGUCCACCAUUUUUUUGUUUUAUAAAUAAAAUAAAAAGCUAUAAAAACCAUGUGUCCCAGUCUCCACUCAGCAGUCCAUCUGCCUCUGGUGAAGUUGUUAAUUCUGAUGACUUUUCUCCAAUGUGAAUCAUUAGCCACAUUCGCUGCCUUGUGCACUUUCUAAAGUCUUAUGGAGCAAAUGCCUGUAAUGACUAGUUGUCUUGUGUGUUUUAGGCAAAAUGUAAACAGUGCCGUUUUUCAAACAGCAAUGUUGCACAUAGCCAAACAAGAGGGGCACCUCCACAUUAAAAUACUGUGGUUUUGGUAUUUAGAGUGUCCCCUGCCAAUGCCAUAUUUAUGCUAUUUGGAUUUCUUAUCUGCUAUUGUUUAGAACACACACAUUUACUCUUAAAGAGAUGAGCACCUUUGAAAUUCUCUUAAAAUAACCACUGGAUUGUAAUUACAGGACAAAAGUAUCUCAUUUGGACAAAUACAUUUUCAAAUUCCAUUGCACUGAAAGCUUAGCUAUGAUUGCAUACAUUUUGCAAUUCAGUGUUUAGUGAAUAAAUCCCAUGUCUUGUUUUUAAAUAUAAUUCUCUAAACCCUGCCCUCGUAUUUUUUAAGUAACACCAACAUUGUGUUCCCAUAUCAACAAUUACAGGAAAAAAAAUAUGAAAUUUAAUUUAUUUCAUUUACAUUCAUUUUAAAUAACUCUUGAAUAACUCUAAGCUUGCAAAUGCUUCCUCGUUGAUUAUACACUCUGAGACUGACUCCUCAUGUUUUUCUCAGGCCCUGCCUGCUGGACCACAGGCUCUAGUUUGGAAUACUGACAACGCCUCCAUUCCAUUUUUCUCCUCUCUUAGACAGAGGCACCAGCUGCUCUGUCUUUUAUCUUUUACCCAGAGCAUUCUCUGUUACGGCCACACCUCCUUCCCAUCAUCGGCUGCUUAUCCACCCAUCUUACCUCCUUCCCAUCUCUGAACAAGGGACCCAGAGAGAUCAGGUGGAAGAUAGACGGGCCUCCAGCAACCAUAAGACAGCUGGCCAUCCCCAUAAUCGGUAUGAAAUGAUCUGUUCAACACUGCCAUAUACAUUCAUUGCGUGCCUCACCAAUAGAAUAUUAUGUAUAACCUCCUGACAGCUCUGCUGAUAGCAUGAUGUUGCAGUUCCAAGCCUACAGCUAUGUUUCCAAUGUCAGUACACAUUGAUGUGGGAUGCUCUGGGUUUGCAGUCAGCAGAGGGACGCUACACACAUGUUAUUAAAGGCAGGUAUAUGACAUGUAUUACCGUUUCAGCUAAUCAGAGCUACUCCUUACAGCAACAAGACUAAUUCUUAUUUGAGUCUCUCAUAUUGGUUAACAAGUCUAUCACACUAAAGCUUCAGAAAUAGAUAUGUUUAACCAUUUAAUGGGAGGAUAAUAAAAAAAAAAAAUACACAGGAUGUGUGUUUUGGGAUAUCUCGCUAUAUGGUUUUAGUUAAAGAAUCCUCCAGGGAAGGUAUAUAUUUUUUAUCUUGCUACAUUUACAUUUGUUAUAGAAAAACCCAUAGAUAACGGCAGCCAGGAGGUGCCGAAACGUUGGGGGGUGUUAGGGGCUCCUGUUUCUGCCAGAACAGGCUUGUGGAAAUUGUGGUAAUUAUUAUUGUUUACUUUAUUUGCCUUAUUCUUGUCACUUUAUUUGGUGCUUCAUGUUUGUUAUACCUUUUAUGGUUUAAUAAAGCAUUUUUCUAGUUAUUCUAGUAUGUAAGCUCUUUUUAUAGUAUUUGUUAUAGAAACAUAACCUGUGGUUUAUAUCAGGUGAAGUCACAGGGAUCAGAUGUGACACAUCUACCCAUCCAGAAACUAUGCUUAGUUUAGAGAAACCUUACCAACAUACAGAGGAUGCAGUCACCACUAAAAUUUGAAAUUUGAGAUGGGGUACACUGGCGUUGUGGCAGGCUUAUGCAAUGUAUGAUCAUAUACUGUAACUAAACCCCCAUUAAUUUUUAGCCUAGAUUAGGUGUUUUUAAUAAAACUAAAAAUUGUUCAGCACUAAAAUGACUGUUUAGUAGAUAAGAGAGUGCGCUGGAUUUUCAUUUUUACAAAAAUUUGAAAGGGACAGUAUUUACUUCCUGGAAUAUUUGGGUAAAGCUGCAGAUCUUAAAAUCUGACAAUGUUCCACAUAGAACUUUUCAAACAAGGCAGAUAGACUGUCCUAAAAAUUGGAUUAAAUAUAUUUGCAUCUCACUGACCUGCCCAAAGACUGAUAUUUUAUUUCAUGCAGUAAGAAUUUCCUACUUAAUGACAUUGUACGAUGAUUACGUCUUGCAACGCAUUAGGCAAAUAUGCAUAAGUGUAUUUUUACAGUACUGUUUAUGAAAUAAUUAUUACACUGUUCUUUACAAUACUAAUAUUCUCUUAGAAUUGUGGGUGUCCGCAGUGGAGAUAUGCACGUCUGAAACUUUUGUUUUGGUUUGUUGCUUUUCGAAUUUCGGUUGUCCGAAUCCUUGAUUUGAUAUUGGUGGAUAGGCUUUCCAAAUGAUUUAAAAAUUUUGGAUAAAGUUAAAAAAAAAAAAUAAUCAAAUAUCAAAAAAAAUUAUCUUACAUAUAAAACAUAGCAAAAACUUUCAAUAUAUUACAAAAUUGAAAUAUUUAUUAUUAUAUGAAAUAAUUUUAAAAGUUUAUCCAACAAUAUUAAAUUGAGGCUGAAAUUUAGAAAUGAUCAAUUUGGACCUAAAUAAAAUUCAGACACCAUUAUUCAAAAGUAUACCACAUUAGAGUACUGUUUAGCGGAGAGCUCCCUAAUUUGAUAUUCUUACAAAUAGUAAUUCCACACAAGGGUACCAAAUUAAGGAGCUAUAUACUAAAAAACAGCCUAAUUUCUUUUGAUCUUUCAGCUGUUUAUUAGAUAGUUCCCUAAUUUUGUAUCCCUAUGUGCAAUUGCCAUAUUUAAGGGUACCAAAUUAGGAACUUAUCUACUAAAACAGCAAAAUUAAGGGAUACUCCACUGCUUAAAUAAUAAAUACAUAAUCACUAUUUAGUGCAUAUACCACAAAUUAAAAAUGUCUGCAUUUAUUUAUGCAUUUUAUCAAAUCUGCAAGUGCGUGCAUUCUUAGCUGGCGAGGAGAAGGAGUUUGGGAGGCAAAUAAAAAAAUUAAAAAAGUAAACAGCCUAAGUAAAAUGGGAGAGACUGUACAAUUGGAGAGAUGGAUGGGAUAGAAAACCUCCCCUUGUAGGCGCCCCGCCUGCAAGAGAGAACAUUAAUAGGUCUGUUGCCAGUGGACUGACGUAAAAUAUGCACAGUAUCGACAUUCAGGUCUGCCAAAGUCACAAGUGCCGGGAGUGUAGCUCGCCCCCGGCACACAAGUGCAAAUAUCUCUGGAUGCACAGUGUUCCAAGCAGAAACAUGGCACAUCCAGGCUCCUACCACCUGAAGAGAGUAUACUGGUUGGAGUAACCCUUUAAAGUCUGGAUUUAAUAAGCUUUUAAUAAACCCCUACCUCUUGUACCCCUGUGCCUGCUUAGCCUCACCUUAUUCCAUGUAGCGUGGACAAGCAGGUGGAGCACUUCCUGCCAGACUGGGUAGGGGAACAGAAACUCCUCUACCGCAGUCCACCUACUCGGCUACGCUACAUGAAGUGACCGGCAGGAGGGUAGUGCUGUGCUAUGUGCUUUCCUUGCUGUCAAACAAAGAAGCGCGACUUAGACUGUGUGGCACCACGCAGUUUGGAAAGCUGUGCCUUAAAGGGUUAAUCAAACUAUCAUGAUCACUUAGUGUUUAAUGGGUUCUAUUUAACAGCUAGGAUUGUCUCUUUCAUAAGUUGACAAAUAAUAUUAUUCCAUUUUCACUAUUUUCCUCAGAGAGAAACUCCAUUAAAGCAAUGGUGGAUAACUUUUAAAAAAAAAUGCAUGAUUUUUUUUUCUCUGUACAUUUGCAGACUUAAAUAAAUGCUACAAGGAACAGCCAUAUUUCAACCCAAGUAAACCAAAAAUGGGUAUAGUUUAAGUGCUUUAAUUUACUCACUACAAAGUUUAAUCUAGUGAAUUCAAAGUGAACUCUUGACAAUUUAGAAGAAUGAAGACUUCAAUAUUACUAAUUCAACAUUGAAGACGUGGUAAAAAAAAGUGUAUUGUUUAUUUUAAAUAAACGUAAAGCUGACUAAUAUUACCAUUAAUUUUCUGUUACAGGUGAAAGGUAUGGAAUAAGUGGAAGUUAUAAAUUAUUCUCAAAAGCAACAGAAAGAGCACAGCAAUAUCAACAUCAUCAGCAUGUGUGUGUAUACUUUGUUUGUCUGGAUGUUCACACUUACAGGUAAUAAUGCCUGUUUAGUUUAAUGACUAGUUAGAUAAUGGAUUCCUCAAAGCUGAUUUCUAAUUUUUUUACUUUUACCUAAUACCAGUCUAGUACUUCCAAUUAUACAUGGAACUCUGAUAUUAUGCUAAUUGGGGUAGAGCAAUCAAAAUGAACAUGCAGGUCACUUGUAUUUGUGUAACAUUAUUGGCCACUAACCAGUAGCAUCACGUAUACAGUAUGUUGGGUUCAGGGGUCAAAAAAAUGGACGUUGCGACCCAUAUGUGCAGUUGUGCAUAAAUGAACGUGUCCCUAACAGAUAAGUAUCAAAAUGCAGCGGUUUUCUCUCAUUUUUUGGCAAAUCCAGGCACCUACACAUAUAGUAACACAUGUGGAUUAGGUUUAGGUGUGGGCAGAUUAACUGUGAUUGCCUGCGGUAGCUAAAGGUGUGAGCUCACUGGUAGUUCUCGCUGAUCUUUGAUCAUGGACUGUUGUUGGGUUAAGAACAUUAGCCUAAUAAAAGGGGAGGUAGACUGAUUAUUAUUUAUAUCACGCCUACCCUUCAUUCUCAUUCAAUCCAAUAUUACAUUGACUCUUCUUAUUCGUCCAAUACAAUGCUCCUCAGGAAGACAGCCAUUAGAGCUAUAUUUAACCAUGCAAUGUAAGAAUGAUGUAUUUACUAAAUGGCAAUGCUUUACUUUGCAGGGUUAAAACUAAAGUACCACUGUAUUAUUUCAUGGAGAUGAAGUAGUCUGGGUGCCUUUAGUGGCCCUUUAAUUGUUGGUAUACAUUUUUAUAUGUUUUAAUAUGUUAAUGUUUGAAGUUUUGCUACAGAAGAAGGGCCAUUGCCCUUCAAAAUGUUAUAAUAUAGGAUGCAUGCAAAAUACUGAAUAUUAAAGUUUUAAAAUUAAUAACAUUAUUACAUAAUGAUGUACGGAACCAAAACCCAUAAAAUAAAUAAAUACGAUUCAAAAAACUUUUUUGUUUAUUCAAUCCACUGUGUCCAGCUGAUAUUUUAGUGGUAAUAUACGUAAUGUGUAGCUGUGUAGGUUCAUGUCAUAACACACAAUCAUUAACAAAAAGAGAUUAAGACCCUUUACAGCCACUUAAUUGAUUAAGUUGUUAAAUUUACUAUCUGUGACUUUUAAAUCAUAAUGAUGCUUUCAGUGAGUUUCAUUUUGGAUUUUAAAUAUAAAAGCAAAACAGAAAUAACACUCUAAGACUUAUUAUUCAAAAUUAAAACUUUUGUCUUUUUUUACAGGCUACCUUUGUGA